UCCCUCCCCGUAUCCUUGCACCUCCCCAACGGCGAGGGGGCAGGCAAUUAGGCAAACCGCCCACGACGGCCGGCCUCGGCUCCGCGGAUAACGUAAUAACGCGGAUCGAAGCAGCGCGCGGCACGGCGGCCCAUCCGACCUCAAAGUUGUGGCAGCUUUUGCCUUGUAAGUCUGGAAUUGGCAGUUCGGCGGCGGGGCGCGCAGACACCCGCGAGCUGUUGUUGGUUACGUCGGGCAACCUCCCCCUUAUCGCCUCGCCCGUUUUCCUGACUCGGACGCCGGCCUUCCCCGUUGUCCCGACGCGUGAUGCGGCCACGACUCGUCGUCCUCUUGUGAUCCCCCCAUCCCGCUGCCUCCUCCCUCCCCCCCCCCCCCCCCGGUCACCUCCUCCGACUUGCCAGACUCCAACACGCCAUGCGCCCAUGCCCACGGGUGUAGAUAGCUGUAGCCAACCGACACACGCCUCCUCCGCCCCCUCAGACCUCUGCUCUGCUCGGACCGAUCCAGGGCUCGCGGCCGCCGUGAGCGGGUGACCCUUUACGUGCCGUGCCAGUAUGGAUGCCAUCGCCAGCGAGGCUCCGGUGGGUGUGUUCGCCAUCGGCCCGUCCACGGCGCUGGGCCGCGCCGUCGCGCUGCGCGUGCUGCUUUGCGGCUCCGCGGCGCGCCUGCGGCACCGCCUCGCGGCGGCGCUGCGCUCCGCGCUUCCGCUUGUGGCGGCCUGGCUGCAACCGCGGGACAACACGCGCGGGAUCCUGCUCGCUGUCUGCGCCGUCGCGCUCCUGCUGCGGGGACGCCGCGGCAGGGCGGGGCUGCGGGCGCGGGUGCAGUCCGCCUACCGCCGCAAGUUCUGGCGGAACAUGAUGCGCGCCGCGCUCACCUACGAGGAGUGGGCGCACGCAGCGCGGAUGCUAGAACGCGAGGCCACGCCGCGCCGCGCCACCGACGCCGACCUCUACGACGAGGAGCUCGUCCGCAACAAGCUCCGCGAGCUCAGGCACCGGCGCCAGGAGGGAUCGCUCAGGGACAUCGUCUUCUGCAUGCGCGCCGACCUGCUCAGGAACCUCGGCAACAUGUGCAACCCCGAGCUGCACAAGGGGAGGCUGCAGGUGCCUAGACUCAUAAAGGAGUACAUUGAGGAGGUAUCUACUCAACUGAAAAUGGUGUGUGAUUCUGAUUCAGAUGAGUUGCCUCUCGAAGAGAAACUUGCAUUUAUGCAUGAGACAAGACAUGCCUUUGGUAGAACUGCCUUGCUGCUAAGCGGAGGUGCUUCACUUGGAUCGUUUCAUGUGGGUGUUGUGAAAACCUUUGUAGAACAUAAACUUCUACCUAGGAUAAUUUCAGGAUCAAGUGUUGGCUCAAUAAUGUGUUCUAUAGUGGCAACGAGGUCAUGGCCUGAGCUUGAGAGUUUUUUUGAGGAGUGGCAUUCCUUGAAAUUCUUUGACCAGAUGGGUGGGAUCUUUCCUGUGGUUAAAAGAAUUUUGACACAUGGAGCUGUUCAUGACAUUAGGCACUUGCAGGUGCUUUUGAGAAAUCUUACCAGCAAUUUGACAUUUCAAGAAGCCUAUGACAUGACUGGCCGGAUUCUUGUUGUCACUGUGUGUUCUCCAAGGAAGCAUGAGCCGCCUCGAUGCCUGAACUAUUUGACAUCACCUCAUGUCCUUAUCUGGAGUGCAGUAACUGCUUCCUGUGCUUUUCCUGGACUUUUUGAGGCUCAAGAAUUGAUGGCAAAAGAUAGAUUCGGUGAAACCAUCCCUUUCCAUGCUCCAUUCUUGUUGGGCAUGGAGGAACGUACUGGUGCCACAACCCGGCGCUGGAGAGAUGGGAGCUUAGAAAGUGAUCUGCCCAUGAAGCAGUUGAAGGAACUAUUCAAUGUGAAUCAUUUCAUAGUAAGCCAAGCCAAUCCUCACAUAGCUCCAUUCUUGAGACUAAAGGAAAUCGUCAGGGCUUAUGGAGGCAGCUUUGCUGCCAAGCUUGCUGAACUUGCUGAGAUGGAAGUUAAACAUAGGUGCAAUCAAGUUCUGGAACUUGGAUUUCCGCUAGGAGGAUUAGCUAAAUUGUUUGCUCAAGAUUGGGAAGGUGAUGUCACAGUUGUUAUGCCAGCUACUCUUGCACAGUAUUCCAAGAUGAUACAGAACCCAUCUUAUGCUGAGCUUCAGAAGGCUGCAAAUCAAGGCAGGCGAUGCACUUGGGAAAAGCUAUCGGCCAUCAGGGCAAACUGUGCUACUGAGCUUGCAUUGGAUGAAUGUGUUGCCCUCCUGAACCACUUGCGCAGGCUAAAGAGGACUGCGGAAAGAGCAUCUGCCUCACAAGGAUAUGGUCCUACAAUCAGGCUCUGCCCAUCUAGGAGGAUUCCGUCCUGGAAUCUCAUAGCAAGAGAAAAUUCAACUGGUUCUCUUGAUGAAGAGAUUCUUGCAUCUCCUACUCAUACAAAUCAUCAAGGACAUGGAGGAAUUGCUGGACCAUCUAACAGAAACCAUUUUCUCCAGCGAAGUGCACAUGACAGUAGUGACAGUGAAUCUGAGAGUAUAGAUUUGAACUCAUGGACGAGAAGUGGUGGCCCUCUUAUGAGGACAGCGUCAGCAAACAAAUUCAUCAGCUUUGUUCAGAAUCUUGAGAUCGACACGGAAUUCAGAACAAUUCCAUCAAAGGAACACGAAACUGACCUUUUGACACCACAUGCUAGUGCCUUGUCUGCUCAGGCAAUUAGUAGAGAAGUAGCUGAUAGUAGCUUGGACAAUUCAGGUUGUAAUACUCAUGAUACAACUGCCACUAGAUCCACAUUUGGUCCUUCAACAAGUAUCGUGGUUUCUGAAGGUGACUUAUUGCAGCCUGAAAAGAUUGAGAACGGUAUUUUAUUUAAUGUUGUAAGGAGGAAUACUCUUGUAGCAUCUAGUAGUGGAUUUGAGUCUCAAGGAUCUUCUCGGGAAGCAGACGUUGAAACAGUACAGACGGAGUGCCUUUAUGGUGUGUCAGCUUCUGAUGAUGAUGAUGUGGAAUUGAAUGUUGUUGAUGAUGAAGCACAUGAUUCAAUGAUCAGAGAAAAUAUACAAUGUCAGGGGUCCUCACUGGCAGAAAAUAUAUGUCAGUCCUCUUCCUCAGAUUGUGAAGACAAGACAAACACCAACAAACCAGAAGCUGCAUCUAUUUUUGAUAUAUGUGUUGAGAUCCAUCCGACAAUUGUUAGCACAGAAAAUAGCCUGCCUGAAGAGCCUUCUGCAAAGACGGAAUGUCCUGCUGGCAAUUCAGCUGCUAGGAAGGAUGAAGUUGGCUCUGGUGCUGCUAAUUAAGAGACUUCCUCUUGUUCUAAGACAGCAGGUGCUAUUUUUGUAUUCUGACAACUGUAAAACUAGGCAGCAGCAUGAAGUGGAUGCAGAAGUUGUAAACUGUUAAAGUUUCAGAAGAAGGUAGACCGGCUUCAGCUCGAGCAAGCAACCGGUUACUACUUUCAAUCAUAGAAACGUGAGGAGCAUAAAGCAUCUCUACUGGAAAAAUGCAUAGAAACUGUACGAUCUGGGCAUUGUAUUUCAACUCGGCGACAGAUAACUCGGAUGGCAGCAGUUGCUAGCUCAAUUGGUAUUUGGCACUGCAGAUGAUCAGAUGUUCCCUCAGAACCAACUAGCAGUCGAGACAAGAAAGGUGCCAGGACCUUCAAUGAACAUGGAUGCUGACAUAAAAAGUUUAAGCAUCGACUCCAUGUCUUGUUGGAAGUUUUGUUUCACGACCAAACUGAAUUAUGCAGAUAACUAGCCAAGUAGGCGUGGUCCUAGGUCAAUCAAGUGGGGCCAAAGGAACUUAGAUUAACAGCCUCCAAUGCCUCUGGUAUAUUGAAAGAAAGAGUUGGUUUGUCAUCCUAAAGUUAGUAAAAGCAAUGCUGAUGAGGUCGAGGAUGAGUCCAAGCAAUUCCUCUGUUGUGAGCCUUCGAAUCCAAGCAAUUCAGUGUAAGGCGAUGAUAGUCGUAAAUCUAAGAGCACCACAAUCCAUUUAGUAUGGUUUUCUUGAGACA